ACAGCAAUUUACCACUCGACUAGACUCGAAAGAUCUUACAGACUGGGCUUCACAAAUUGAACAAGAUAUCGACAAGUGGUUUGAGCUUUAUAGUACUAGUCUCGGCGGUAUCUUUUUCGAUGAAGGCUAGCCAGAAUGCGGUCCCAAUAAUAUCUAUACUGAUCUAUACACAUAUAUUAACAAGUAUACAAAGAACAAACACCCCGGCGCAUUUACAGUACUCAACCCAGACUCGCCAAUAGCUCAAUAUUUUGAAAAUACUAUAGAUACACUGUUGACAUUCGAGAGCAGCUACAAGACUUAUACAAGCUCAUAUAUACCUAAUAAUUAGACACCAAAGAAUCCCCGAAAGAUAUGGCAUAUUAUCUACAAAGUCCCACAGAAUUAGAUUGCGACUAUUGCUGCUCUUGUCUCGAGCCGCCAUAUAGGGUUACUGGAAAUUACCGAUAAUAACCAACCCAAUCCUUACGAUAAUCUACCCAGCGAGACUUAUAUGCAAGCACUCGUCGGCGCUAUACCAGAUAGCACACCUCCUAUCCAUAAUACAGCUAAAGCUACUAGCUCCUACAUUGCCGGUCUUCCAAGCAAUAUCGCUGUCUCCUCUUUGGACUAUACCUCCGUCACCCUCACCUGGUCAUCAGUCGCGAAUGCCCUUGGCUACACAGUGUAUAAGGACAGUACACUGGUACUGGAGCUACCAGCCUUAUUAACCCGAGCUACAGUCGGCAUACUCAACCCCGGAUCCUCUGAUAUCUCCUUCGAGGUACGGACGGUCUUAGCUUCAGGCAGUAGCGGUGGCUCCUCCCGAACAAUCUUGGUAAGUACGAAAAGCCUACCGACCGACAGUCCAAUCGCCAAUGUUGGCUAUACACAGAAUGGCGACACUGUUGUCUAUAAAGCCGAUAUCCUGGUGCCCUACGCAUUUGUGCGGCUCUUUAUCGGCAUCAAGCAACCCGAUCCUGGAAUCGGUCGCGGGUGGCCGAUUCAAGUGCCAGGCGUGGAUACUCAAGAUAUUGCGCACCACAAGAUCGUUAACUACAUAGUCGAAGACAAUGACUUUUACUCCGGCUUCUACAAAUACACAGACGCUUGGUACGAGACCACCACGGCCAAUGCGGAUUGGGCGUGGACCUCUAUCGGUGUCGCGCCUCAAUCCCAGAGUAGUUACACGUAUACGUGGAACGUUCCGUUCGCUGGCACCGACACUGUAGCCAGCGAAUAUGUAAUACAAGGCCAAGGGUAUGCCCCGAUUAAGAAUAUCUUUAUGGGAACCCUUCGCUGGUUUGAUACUAUCUGACCGAUAGCUGGAAGAUAGAGUGGAAGGUUGGACAAGUCAGUUUAAGUCGUCUUAAAUAGUAGGCGGCAAAAAGAAUAGCAAGGCUGGUAAUUUGUAUAUUAGUUAUUUUUAUCCAAUACUGGAUGCUAGAGUCAAGAGCUUGGCCUUUAUUACUCUAAAUUUGAUACUGUGGAUACAAUACAGAUAAAGCAUCUUCGCUUACCUAUAAAUCAACUCAAGAAUAAAUAUACUUCUGCAUCACAGCGUCAU